CUGAUUCACCUCUACCUAUCUAAUUUGCUUAUGUGUUGCUUUUACAUGUCGAGAUGAAUGAGACCGUCUUUUAGGUGGUGAAUGGCAGAGCACUCUCACGAGCCUUCUUCGGACUCUGAGCUUGUCAAGCAUCUCAAAGGCAUUAUCAAGUAUCGUGGAGGACCAAUUUCAGUAGCCGAGUAUAUGGAAGAGGUUUUGACAAAUCCUAAAGCUGGAUUUUAUUUUGGGGCGGAAGGUGAUUUUAUAACAUCUCCUGAAGUCAGCCAAAUGUUUGGCGAGAUGGUUGGUGUCUGGGCCAUGCGCCUUUGGGAGCAAAUGGGACGACCAGACAAGGUAAAUUUGGUAGAAUUGGGUCCAGGAAGAGGAACUCUGAUGGCUGAUCUGCUACGUGGUGCUUCCAAACUCAGGAACUUCACCGAUUCGUUGCAUGUACACUUUGUAGAGUGUAGUCCAGCAUUACAGAAGCUUCAGCACUCUGCGUUGAAAUGUAGAGAUGAAGAUAAUAAAGCUGAUGGUGUUGAAAAAAGCAGUGUUAGCACAUUGGUCGGAACCCCCGUGUCAUGGCAUCCCACAUUGGAACAGGUCCCCUCAGGAUUGCCAACAAUCCUUAUUGCUCACGAAUUUUUUGAUGCCCUACCAGUAUACCAGUUUCAGAGGACUUCUCGUGGCUGGUGUGAAAAAAUGGUAGACGUAGCAGAAGGUUCCAAGCUUAAAUUUGUUCCAUCUCCCGAACCAACACCUGCAACUAUAUUUUUGAUGAAACGCUACAAAUACUCUUCAAAUGAAGAGAUCGCUAAUGUUCAUCAGAUUGAGAUUUGCCCCAAAGCAUUGGAGUUGACUCAAGCUAUUACACGUAGAAUAAGUUCUGAUGGAGGUGGCGCUCUUACUAUUGAUUAUGGCCUUAAUGGAGUUGUUUCAGAUAGUCUGCAGGCAAUUCGAAAACACACGUUCGUUGACAUCCUCGACAAUCCCGGUUCUGCUGAUCUUGCAUAUGUUGAUUUUUCUUCUAUACGGCAUGCUGCGGAGGAAAUUUCAGGAGAUGUUGCUGUAUACGGCCCAAUGACUCAGUCUCAGUUUCUGGGUUCACUUGGCAUCAACUCUCGAGUCCAGGCCUUGCUAGAAAACAGCACUGAUGAGCAGGCCGAGUCUCUGAGGACUGGUUACUGGCGUUUAGUAGGUGAAGACAAGGCACCCUUCUGGGAAGGGCCUGACGAAGACGCACCCAUAGGAAUGGGCACGCGAUACAUGGCCAUGGCAAUUGUAAACAAGAAGCACAGUGUUCCAGUGCCAUUUCUAUGAAAGCUGAUUGAAGUAUUUAUCAUGAACCAAUUUCAAUACCUUGUAUAGAAUAUCAUUUCCUUAGAGAAAGGAAACAAACCAAUAUAUAAUCGAUCAAUUUUCUGCUGUGGGUUUAAUUUAUGUUCGUUUUGUAAAAUGACGGACAAACUUCACCUAGCUCAUCAAUAAAGAGUUAAUUAUCUUAAAAAAAAAUGAUACUGAGUUUUUUUUUUUCAUGGACGACAAAAGGAUGUAAAAUUACCUCUU